GAAGAAGAAACUAUUAGCUAGCCUGCUAGCUGGAAAGGAAACGUUCACUAUGGCCGAGACGCACAUUUUGCAAGACUUGCAGCACCAAGCAGCCAUCGCCUCCAAAGUCUAUGUACAGAGGGACUACAACUCGGGUACCAUCUGCAAGUUCCAGACCAAAUUCCCAUCUGAGCUGGAGUCUAGGGUGGACAAGCAGCAGUUUGAGGAGACAAUGCAGACACUCAACAACCUUUAUGCUGAGGCUGAGAAAAUUGGCGGCAAGUCUUACCUGGAGGGCUGCCUGGCCUGCAUGACAGCCUAUACCAUCUUCCUCUGUAUGGAGACCCAUUAUGAGAAAGUACUAAAGAAGAUUGCCAGAUUCAUCAAGGAACAGAAUGAGAAGAUAUACGCCCCUCUUGGCCUACUGCUGACCGACCCAAUAGAGAGAGGUCUCAGGGUUGUUGAAAUCACCAUCUUUGAAGACAGAAGUAUUGGCUUCGGAAGAUAAAUUACACCAAGGUUGGACUUACCUGGUGCUCCCUUGUUGUCUCUCCAUACUCAUCAUUCAUUCCUUCUGAAUGUACAUAUUUUAUAUAAUUGUUUUUAUUUAUUUCACAUAAGGGAUGGGCUGUUUGUACUAGUAGCCUAUAUCCCACAUGGACCACCACUGUUUUUACAUGUUUAUUGAGAUUAGUAAUUUGAACAUGUGAAAUGUCUUCAAGUUAAAGAUGCAGUCUGGGAUUCUUUUAAACCUCCCAUUUUGGGGUGGAUGUGUAAUAUGUGAAUAAUCUAUAAGUAGAAACACUAUAAUGCCUCAGUUAGCCUUUAAAUGCUAUAAAUUAGUUUAUUUAGAUGACUUAUGGCAUAUCAGCACAUCUAUGACAGUAAUAAAACAAAAACACAUGGGGAUUUGUAUUGGCUUUAUACAACCACUGUCAAAACCAGUGGUCAAAAGUCCCAGAAUGCAUCUUUAAGCAAGAUCAGACUUCUGAAUUGUGCCAUUUAUUUUUUGUUUUUGCCAUUUUUAAAAUCUUACUACU